CAUACGGAUGUGACGUGCCUGGAGGCUGCAAAAACAAUCACCUCACUUCUGUGUGUUAUGGAAGGUUUUAAAAGGUGUAUUGCAUAACUACGAUUUCUGGUCCGAAUUACACCACGUGUGCACGGUAAACUCAGUCUGAGUCUUUAAUACUUUAAAAUAUAAUAUUUUAAAUCGUUGCGACCGAACAUGGCCAAGUCAAAAAAGUCAGCAGACACGGCAGUGAAGACCGAUACAAAGAAAUUGAAGCAGGUGAAGGGUAAAACCCGAGGAUCAGCAAGAGCCAAAAAAGACCAAGAGAAUGGAGAAGAAACGGAGAAGAUUCAGAGAAAAGCCAAGACCAAAUCCCGUCCCUAUAAACCUAUAGCGGAAAGAACCAAAUCCAGCAAAUACUUCCAGGACAAUACUCCAGUGAAGGGGGUACCUGCUGAUGUCAUCCCCGCUUUCAUCAGUACCAGAAAUGACACUGUGAUGUUUCCUAAAAACAAAGAGGAUGAUGAUGACAGUGAGGAGGAUGAUGACAGUGAGGAGGAUGAUGACAGUGAGGAGGAUGAUGACUGGGAGGAAGUGGAAGAGCUGGCUGAGCCGUUGGGGUCAGUAGAGCCAUUAGAGCCAGCCCUUCCCUCACAGCCUGUGGAGAUAGAAAUUGAGACCCCAGACAUCCUUCUCAAAAGGCAGAGAAGGGAGAAGAGGAAGACUGAGUUUGAGACCUACCUGCGACGCAUGAUGAACCGCUUUAACAAAGAUGUGGUUGAGGACACACACAAGGUCCACCUCAUGUGUCUUCUAGCCAAUGGCAUGUUCCGGAACCAGUUGUGCAGUACACCAGACCUGCUAGCUAUCACCUUGUCUCUGUUGCCCACCCACUUCAAUAUGGUGGCCAAGGAACGCAUCGACGCCAAUUACCUCUCUGGCCUGCUUAAGUGGUUUGAGACAACAUUCACUCUAAACCCAAAUCUUUCCUGUGAGGAGAAGCUGGACCCACAGGCCUUACUUGAGAGUAGACUGGGCAGCCUUACCGCUAGAGACCACCAAGAAAUGACACACGAGGGACAGAGAUUGGACACCGGACAAGGAUUUAGGGCCCUGGUGGGCAUUUUAUGGACAAAACAAGUAGUGAGAUGGGUGAAACUGUUUCUGUUGGUGUUGAGGUCAUUACAGCUCUUCUGUCGACUGGUCCUCUCUCUUCAGCCCCUGUCACUCAAGGCCCCAUCAGCCAAGAGCAAGGCAAAGACCUCAGGCAGCCUACCUGGGAAGAGUCCCUCACAGAAGAAACCUGCCAAAGAGAACCGCUCAGAGCACAAAGUCUCUCCAGGGACCAAAAGACCAGCUGCGGGGACAGGCCAAAGAGGGGCGAAGAAGUCAAAAAUUAAGGAGGCGGAUCCAGAAUUAGGUGUUUCGUCGGGACAGAAACCUAAGAACUCCAAGCGCCGCAGCGUCGCUUCGAAGGUAAGCUACAAAGAGGAGAGCAGUGAAGGGGAGGGGCCCAGUGACGGGGACGAGUUCCAACCGACCACUGAGGAGAACAGCGAGGACUCUGAGGGAGCAGCCAAACCCAUCAGAUGCGAGAAAGGGAAAGGAGGCAAGAGCCAGGCCAAGAUGUCAGAUCCACGGCGCGGGGGCGGCAAGAAGAAAGUCAAGAGCGAAGAGGAGGGGGAUGAGGAUUGGGAGGGGGGUGAGGAGGGGGAGGCAGAGGAAGUAAAGGGGGGUAGGAGGAAGGGGGAGAAGGGGGCAGACGAGUGGUUGGAGGUGUACUUGGAAAAGACCGGGUGCUGGGUGUGCGUGGAUGUGAUGCAGGGGGUUGGGCAGCCCCAGCUGUGCGCCAGACAAGCCACCCACCCCAUGACCUAUGUGGUAGCUGUGGACGGGGAUGGUCACCUGAAGGACCUGGGCAGCAAGUACGACCCCACCUGGAUGACCGCCACCAGAAAGAGAAGGGUGGACGAGGAGUGGUGGGAGGAGACGCUAGGGCCCUUCCUCAGUCCUGAAUCCGAGAGGGACAUCCAGGAGGACAAAGAGCUUCAGGCUAGGUUGCUGGAUAAGCCAUUGCCCACAUCUAUAGCAGAGUUCAAAAACCACCCCCUGUACGCCCUUAAGAGACAUCUACUGAAGUAUGAAGCUCUCUACCCCCCCACGGCGGCCACCCUGGGGUACUGCAGGGGAGAGCCAGUCUAUUCCAGGGACUGUAUUCACACGCUACACUCCAGAGACGCCUGGCUGAAAGAGGCCCGAACUGUCCGUCUAGGAGAGGAGCCCUACAAGAUGGUCAGAGGGUUUUCCAAUCGCUCUCGGAAGGCCAGGAUCGCAUCAGAGCAGAAAGAAAAAGAUGACCUGCCUCUGUUUGGUGAAUGGCAGACAGAGGAAUACCAACCACCAGUAGCUGUAGAUGGACGGGUGCCUCGUAAUGACUUUGGCAAUGUGUACCUGUUCAAGCCCUGCAUGCUGCCCUUGGGCUGUGUCCACCUGCGUCUGCCAAACCUGCACAGAGUGGCUAAGAAGCUGGGCAUGGACUGUGCCCUCGCCGUCACUGGCUUUGACUUCCACAGCGGCUACUCUCAUGCUGUAACUGAUGGCUACAUUGUGUGCGAGGAGCACGAGGAGAUCCUUAGAGCAGCUUGGGUGGAAGAUCAAGAGAUCCAAAAACAAAAGGAGAAAGAGAAGCGGGAAAAGAGAGCUCUAUCUAACUGGACUCUGCUAGUGAAGGGCCUGCUGAUCAGGGAGAGACUCCAUAGACGCUAUGGGAAGAAAGGCCCAACAGCCGGAGGAGGCCUGGAGGAACUGAAGAGACAGAAUCGGGAAGGAGAGGAUGGCCUGUCCUCUGAGGAGGAGGGGGAAGGUGGGCCAAACACAGCUGCUGCCACACUGGCACAGGCCUGGCCCCAGAACAGACAGGAGGUGCAGGACAGUGGCACAGGAGCCCCCCCCAAAAAAUCCAAACAAGAGAAAAGAGGCCAGCAGAAGCACCUUUUUCCCUUUGAAAAAUGAGAUUAGGUUUUCAUGGUUUUGUACGGUUGUGUUUUUCAUGUUGACAGAAAAAAUAAAAAGUAGGUCAAAACAAAACUUUUUUGGUAACGC